AUGGCUCGUCGAGAUCUUUGCAAUGACGCUAGCUCGGUAGCAUCGUCAAGCACAUCGUUCUCGGACGCUGACGAGGCAACCGAACGACCACAUUCGCCGACAUCCUUGUUCGAGGACUCGCUCUUCACCCUGUUUUCUCACAACCAACCCGCUCAUGGCGACCCUGGAGACACCUGCAAGUACUCGCACCGUAACCUUCCACCGCGCUACGUAUCGUCGUCAGGUCGCACGACCACGCUGAGAUACAAGAUCGCACACAACAGCGGCACAAAUACUAAGCUGUUUGCACAUUAUCAGUGGGAUGCGGGAUUGUACCUUGCGGAUCUCAUUGCGGAGCACAGCUCAGGCUGCUUGGCCCCGGAGGUAGCGCGGGCCAAACAGGCGGAGGGAAAUUUUGUCGAUGUACGUUCUAAGACAGUAGUGGAGCUAGGGGCGGGGACGGGUUUGCCGGGCUUGGUUGCCUGCGUGAUGGGUGCCAAAAAAACAGUCAUCACCGACUAUCCAGAUCCCGAUGUGAUUCACAAUCUCGAAUGCAACUUGGAUCUGGCUCUCGUGCGAUCGAGUAGAGGAAAGAAACGGGAACUGCAUCCAUACUAUGUCGAAGCACGUGAACGAGUACAAGUUCUGGGUAUGGGAUGGGGGAACGAGAACGAAGAGUUGCACGUCUUACACGCCUCGUCUUCUGCGUCCAGUCUGAGUUUGGCUCAAGGCUACGAUCUAAUUUUAGCCGCCGACGUUCUUUGGGUGUCAUCGUCACACCCUCUGUUGAUCCACUCUAUACGAAGACUUCUCAAACGCGAUCGAGAUGCCAGAUGCGUGCUCGUCGCCGGAUUCCACACGGGUCGACCUGCAGUCCGGCGCUUCUUCGUACAGCUUGCUCAGGCUGCCAACGAAAUGGACAAGUCGUUGGACGAAGAGAGGAAGGCAUCCAUCAUUCCAGAUUGGCAAGAGAAACAUUUUGGUGGUAUAUGGGAGCGCAACAUUGACGGCUCGCAACGUGCUUGGUCCAGUGCAUCAGUGCCGUGCAAAACUGAUUACAAAUCGGAAAUCUUUACCGACAACGCUGAGGAACAGUCGGCGGAAGAGGAGAUGGGAGAUAUCAGCGAUCGCGGCAGUUGGGUCGUUGUUGCGUCGCUUCGUUGGGCAGAUCUCGACUGA